UUCUUUACAAGUUCUGGAUUCAUUUUAAGCAGCAAAACAACUGAAUUCGAUUGAAUUGAGAGAUUUGAUGUCCGAUAAUGGUUUACUCAAAUGAUGCUGCAUAUUUGGUGGGGAAUUGGAAUGUAACUUUAGGUACCGAGAAAAAUCCCCGUAAUUACACAUAUGGAACAAACAUGAAACAUUUUCGGGAUUAUUGUUGUUCUAAUACACAUUUGUGUGUCUAACACAUAAAGUAUCAAGUAAUAAUGGAAAAUAAAAAAUAAAAAAUGCGUAGUCAAUUAAGAAAAUAAGAUCAGAAUGAACAAGAAAUAACGCUUGAAAUAAGAAUGUGUAAAUAAUUGCUAAGACAGGUAAAAAGAACAGCGCCAACAAAGGUAAACAGAAAAUAUCAGCAAAAAGUGUAGUUCUAAUCGACCGUCCAGUCAGUGUUUUGCCAUUGUGUAAAGUCGCCGCGCUCAGGGAGAGGAGCAGUAAGAUGAUGUAACGAAAAAGGCUAUAAAUAUGCUUAAAUAUGCGGUAAAAUUCUUAGUUAACUUUCAGUAUUUUGGCAUUCCGGUUGAAUUGUGCCUUUUAGAAGUAUUAUAUUUAGGAGCUGCUUAAAAAUUAUUGAUUUUACGUGUCCCAGAGAAUUCGCGAAUAUUGUAACUUAAAUACAAUAUAAUGCGGUCGCCGACUCUUUUGGACAUAUUGUGCGUUUUUGCAAUUAUUUAUGUGAUUUUGGCAGUCGAUUUGGCGGAAAGCGAACAAGCGAUCACUCCCAGUGCUGCAAGUCCAGAGAUAUCAGACAGUGCUGGAGGCCUGGAGACAGAGGGGGAAACAUUGGAGCCGGCAGACGCGUUGUUGGAUGUGGACGGCAGCACAGCGCAUGAGAAUAAGAGCGGGCGAGAGGCGCGCCAAUUUCGCACAUUUGGCUUUGGGCGACGUGGAUUUGGGCGUCCGGCGUAUUAUGGAGGUUAUGGUGGCUUUGGACAUUACGGUCGUCCAUUUUAUGGUGGUGGGUUUGGCCGUCCCUAUGGAUACUUUCCCAGACCAUAUUAUCCUCGGCCCUACUAUGGUAGACCAUGUUGCUUUUAUGGUUGAGGAAGAGGCGAAAUGGUUGUUAUGUGCGUAGGCCAGUGCUUUGAAGUGCAGCUUUCUAUUAUGAUAGGAGAGAAGAAAGAUGAAAAAAAGUAAAUAAAUUCCAAAUGUGAUAUUGAAUUGGAAAAA